AUGCUGUCGACGAUGAUAGUGGCAGCUUCUUGCGGCCGUUUGGAACCACAGUACCUACCGCCGCGACCAGGUGGAGGUUUUGGUGCCGGUGCUGGCAGUGGAGGCGGUGGAUCGGGUAGUGGAAUAUUCGGCGGAUCGGGCGGGGCAGGCGGAUCUGGUGGAUCUUUUGCCGGAUCUGGUGGAUCUUUUGGCGGGUCUGGUGGGUCUUUUGGCGGAUCAUACAGCGGAUCUGGAUCGUAUAGUGGAAGCGGUGGUGCAAAUAUCCCUAUCCUUAAAUACGAGAAUCAGAACAAUGGCGAUGGGUCUUACCGCUUCAGGUUAGUAUUUUGUGACUUCUAG